AGCGCGACUUAGAGCAUGGAAACGGGUCUGGUCGCAAGUCAUCAAGUGAAAAAUGUUGGAAGCGGAGAUCCCCCUCCUUCGACUCAUCUUAGCACACCUCUACAGCAACAGUCGCAACCAUUCCAUCAGCACCCACAGCACCACCACCAGCGAGCCGUCCACAAUCACAACAUCAACAACCCAACACCCGUGCGCGGAGAUCUGGGCAAUCCACAACAUGGAGAAAAAGAAAACGCUUUGGAGAAGCAGGUCGAGCAUCACGCGCGUUUGCUGAAUAAAAGUGACGAGGACGAUCGGUCGAGCAGAACCGGGGGGUAUCGGAUGGGCAGCAGGUACGAGCACUCCAACUUUGGAACAACCAGUAACAACAACAUCAGCAGCGGCGGCGGAAGCGGUGGUAACGCGUCGCAAAGAGGGAACAGCUCUGUUUCUGAGUUUAAUCAUUAUUUCGGGAAUGGAAGAGGAGGGCCUUGCUUUGAUCAACAUGGCGGACAACAAAGCCCUACGACGGCUUUAAUGCAUUCAGCACAGGGCAACAUGGAUCAAGUGCAAAACUCCCACGAAGGGUACCAUAACACUCCAUACAACCACUAUCCCAGCUAUCGGCCGGGGUACGGUGGGGCUGGAUACGGUAUGAUGAGCCCAUCACGGCAGGGGAACAUGAUGGGCCCAGGUACCAACUCGCCUGCUACUGCUAGUCAUGGCAAGACUGUUAUGGCCUCUUCUACCCCAGCUCCCGGAGCCAGCGUUGGGGGCUUUCAGCGGUUUCCCGGACAAAACCAACAGCACCAUUCUGGAGCUACACCCACCCUAAACCAGCUUCUGACAUCUCCGAGUCCGAUGAUGCGCGGAUAUGGCAGCGGUUAUCAAGAUUACAGUAACCCACAGCAGCAGUCCAGCAUGAGUCUGGGCAAAGACAUGAGCUCUCCUUACAGCCCUGCUGCCAGCCACAGCUGGGGAGCACAACAGAGAAACCAUCCGGCUAUGAGCCCUGGGAAUAACGGCAAUACAAGAGCCCAGGUGGCACCUAUGGACCCGAUGGCCAUGAAGCGGUCUCAGAUGUAUGCGAUGAGCAACAGUCCCUACUCUCAGCCAGGCGGAGCUUAUGCAGGACAGUCGUAUGGAUCACCCGCUCCUCAUCGAUACCCAAUGGGAAUGCAGGGGCGAGGCCAAGUUGGCAUUGGAGGGAUGCAGUAUCCUCAGCAACAGCAGAUGCCAGCGCAGUACGGUCCACAGGGGAUGGGGGGGUACUGCCAGCAGGGUCAGCCCCCAUACUUCAGUCCCCCACAGCAGCAGUCUGUGGCCCCCUCUCAACCCCCCUACAUGCAGCAGCGGGGUCCAGCACAGCAGGAUGUUCUGCAGGAGGGCUACGGCAGCAGGGGUCAGCCUGGGAAACCAAACCAUGAUGACUUGGGUCUGACUCAACAGGACCGCCCGUCCAGCCUCCCGGACCUCUCUGGCUCUAUAGAUGACCUCCCCACGGGAACAGAGGCGGGUCUCAGUUCGGCUAUCAGUGCUUCAGGUUCCACCAGUAGUCAGGGCGAGCAGAGUAACCCCGCCCAGUCUCCCUUCUCACCCCACGCCUCGCCGCGCAUCCCCAGCAUGCACAGCGGACCCUCGCCCUCACCGGUUGGCUCACCAGUUGGCUCCAGCCAAUCACGCUCUGGGCCCAUAUCACCUGCCAGUGGGCCAGGUACACAGAUGGCCCCACAGACCCCAGGGAAUGUUCCUGACGUGGGCUCCCAUUCUACCCACAGUCAGUCUCCCAUGUCUCAGGAGAGAGGAUUUGCACCUAACAUGCAGCGCAAUGCACCUGGUCCCCAGUUCGGACCCCAGCAGCCUGGACCCUCUAUGUCCCCACACUCCUGUCCUACUGGCCCUAUGCACCACUGUGUCGGCUCCUAUCAGCUAGGCCCCUCUUAUGGGCCACAGAGUAGCCACUAUGGCCCUUCAGGUAACUACCUGCGGCCUCCUAACUAUGGCGGGGCACCAGGCGCCAACUACAGUGGCCCUGGUCCAGGCAUGGGCAACAGUCUUGGUAUGAAUGCCAGCAGUCCCAUGCACGGCCAGGGACCUGGGCAGCCCUGUGGAUCCAUGACUACAGCUCGGGGACCAGGACACGCAGCCGGGGGCCGGCUGUACCCAGCAGGCUCCAGUAGCCUGGCUCCGACCUCUCCCAACAUGCCCCAGUCUGCUGGCCCAGGGAUGGGUCCACCUCCUCCUAACGUCAGCCGCAAACCCCUUGAGAGUAGCCCUGCAUCUGUACAGCAGAACCCAGUGCCCUCGGGCCAGGCCAGGCUUCACUUUGCCAGAUCCCCAGUGUACCCUGGCCUGUCUGGGCCCGGGGGACGGCCAGCUUCCUUCCCCACCCCUCAUCCCCAUCACCCCCACUACAGUUGUGGGCAGGGCCAGGGGCAGCCUCACACUGAGCUGUAUGGGACGGGCGGGUAUCAGGGUGGGUCCCAUGUGCUUGGAAUGGGCCCUGGAGGCCCCUACAAUCAUCCACCAUCCAACAGCUCAGCCAAGAUGACACCUCAAGGGCCCUCCUACAACACAAUGCCUGCAGCCCCCAUGAUGGACUCAGGGGACGCCAUGAUGCCCACUGAUCCCAAACAGAGAGCUGAGCACAAGGAGGAAGGCAGCACACCCACCCCAGAACCCCCCAAGCCAAAAGACAACUAUGGUUCUCAGUGUGUGUCACAGCCUCCCACCCCCUCCCCUCUGUCCCCUAGCCCAGCUAGUCUGUCCUCUUAUCAGGGGGACGACAGCGAUAGCAUUAGCAGCCCUGCCUGGCCAAAGACCCCCAGCAGCCCUAAGCAUAGCUCAGGGAACAUGACGAACGAGAAGAUAACACGACUGUACGACAUGGGCUGUGAGCCUGAGAGGAAAGCUUGGGUGGAUCGUUACAUUGCCUUCAUGGAGGAGAGGGGCAUGCCUGUUCCCACCCUGCCCUCAGUGGGCAAGAAGCCGUUGGAUCUGUGCCGCCUCUACCUCUGCGUUCGAGAGAUCGGAGGCCUGGCGAUGGUCAAUAAAAACAAGAAAUGGAAAGAGCUGUCCACCCACCUGAACAUGGGGACAUCCAGCAGUUCGGCCAGUUCCCUGAAGAAGCAGUACAUCCAAUACCUGUUUGCCUAUGAGUGCAAGGUCGAGCGUGGAGAAGAGCCCCCGCCCAACGCUUUUGCCAUGGGAGACGGCAAGAAGCAAACACAACAGGCCAAGAUCCAGCCGCCCUCACCUGCAAACUCAGGUUCUCUUCAGGGGCCACAGACUCCUCAGUCAACAGGCAGCAGCACCAUGACAGAGAUGCCAGGGGACCUAAAGCCCCCAACACCAGCUACCACACCUCACGGACAAGUUACCCCUCAGCCAGGUGCCAGAAAUAGUGGUGUUAGUGUACAAGAUCCCUUCUCAGAAGGCAGUGACCCAGCCUUCCUGAAGCGAGGCACCUUGCAUGCCGGAGGCAGUGGAGAUGCCAGCUCUAGAAUGCAGUUUGAUACCAGUAAGGAGCCAUAUGGAUCUGCCAGAAAAGGUGUCUCUGAGUCCUUCAUGCCUGGACAGAUGCCUGGCAGUGGUAUGCAGGAUAUGUACCCACGUGGACCACCCUCAGCGAUGGGUAUGGGUCCACGACCCCAGUACCCCUACAACCAUAGCUUUGAGAGGAGGCCAGACCAUGUCAUGACUCCAGAGGGGGGAAUUCCUCCCCCUGGAAAUCAGAGCAACAUGGUGCCUUCCAACAGUGAUCCCAGCAUGUUCUCAGGCAGUAGAUACCCCUCUCAUCAGAGACAUGGACAUGACGGUUAUGUGCAGCAGUACCCUCAUGGCAUGCCAUAUGGUGCACAUGGGAUGUAUCCCCAACAGCAGGGUUAUAAGCGGCCUGGGGAAGGGAUGUAUGGCCCUCCAGCUAAACGCCAUGAAAGUGAAGCCUAUGGUAUGCAGUACGGUGGUCAGCAGCCUGACAUGUAUGGCCAAUAUAGCUACCCAGAGCGUAGGCCCAUGCAGGGCCCAUUCCCCUAUCCUUAUGGACGAGAUCGCAUGCAGCCUGGUGGUCAGGGACCUCCCCAGCACAGCAUGAUGACUGGUGGACCACCCCCAUCAUCCAACUCAAGCUGUGGGUCUCAUGGGAACAUGUGGCACCCCAGACCCGAUAUGAGCUACCCUUACCCCAGCCGCCAGUGUCAUGGAGCCCCCUACCCCUCCAUGAGCCGAGCGGAUGAUUCAGAAGCCAGAGCAAAUCAGGAAAGUCAAUGGCCCGGUCAGCACCAGUCCCCCUGCCCACCACACUCUUCACCCUCUUCCAGCUCUAUGCCCUCCAUGGCCAGCCGGCAACCAUCAUCUUCCUACCAGUCUCCUCCAGCUAUGCCAAAUCAUAUCUCUCGAGUCCCAAGCCCUGCACCAUUCCCUCGGCCUAUGGGUGGCUCUAUGUCACCCAGUAAGGCUCAUAUGAUGGCCUCUAUGAAGCAGAUGCAAAAGCCUGGCGGCCCAGGGUCUAUGCCAAGCUCCCAGAGUGGUGGUAUUUCUGGCCAAGGCUUCCCAACAAUCCAUCGGGAAGUCAGUUUUCCGCUGGACUCUGUGGAGGCUACACAGCCCCAACUUAAACCCCGCCGAAGGUUAACAUCCAAAGACAUUGGCACACCAGAAGCUUGGCGUGUGAUGAUGUCUCUAAAGUCUGGUUUGCUUGCAGAGAGCACAUGGGCCCUAGAUACUGUAAACAUCUUGUUGUAUGAUGAUAGCACAGUGUCUUCCUUUGCCCUAAACCAGUUGCCUGGUUUCUUGGAGCUCAUUGUUGAGUAUCUCAGAAGGUGCCUAAUAGAGAUCUUUGGGAUCCUUGAGGAAUAUGAAGUUGGCACUGAGGGUCAGAAAACUCUCCUUGGUUCAUGUUCAGAGCCAACAGAGGUAGAGGAACCUCCCAAUCAAGACCUAAACAGCCAAUCAGAAACAGAACAGGUGGAGAAGAGAUUAGAUGUGGAGUCUGAGAACCCUCAGGCCAGUAGCUCAACAGAAGCAUUCGUUAUGGAGAAGGAGGUGGAGUCCACUGAGAAUAAGGCAGAAGAUAAAGAGAAAAACAUUGGUCAAGAACCAUGUCCGCCAUUGGAGCCCAGACCUAAGCAAGCCAGCAAGUAUGACAAGCUGCCAGUGAAGGUAGAGGAGAGGGAGAUUGUGGCUGACCUUGUGGAGGAUCGUUCAGAGCUGCUAGGCCUAGUCAGUGAGUUCACCAGCGGCCUACUGCACUGGAAGGCUGGUGGAGGGGACUCCACAGCCCACAUCCAGACCCACUUUGAUGGAUGUGGGGAAGAGGAAGAACCGAAGUCCUCAGACUAUCAGGAAGGUGUGGAGGCAGAUGGAAAAGCACCAUUGGAAGCAGAGCCCAGGAGGGAAGGGGAAUUGCAAAGAGAAGUUGCAGGGUCCUCAGAGGAAAGCUUGACAGCCACUAUUGAUGAAAUGCUAAGUUCUCGUCCAGGGUCCCUAUCUGUAGGUGAAACUCAAUCAUUCCCCUUCCGCAAUAGAGAGAACCAGAGCACCAUCGCCUUGGUGGAAGAUGAGCCACGAUGCUGGGACGAAGCACCUCUGUCCAUAGCAGAGGGCUGGCAAGAUGAGUUGGCCAAGCGCUGCAUUUGUGUGUCCAAUAUCAUUCGAGGACUCUCCUUUGUCCCUGGUAAUGACAGCGACAUGGCUCGGCACCCAGGUUUGGUGCUCAUUCUUGGUAAGCUGGUGCUUUUGCACCAUGAACAUCCAAAAAGAAAAAGGAUGCCGCCGACCUACCAGCGUGAGGAAGAGAGAGGUCUGGCUUGCAGCAAGGAUGAAUGGUGGUGGGACUGCCUCGGGGCCUUGCGUGAGAACACCUUGGUCACCCUAGCCAACAUUUCAGGACAGCUAGACCUGUCGAUUUAUCCUGAGAGUAUCUGCCUUCCGAUCCUGGACGGGUUGCUCCACUGGAUGGUGUGCCCUUCGGCGGAGGCCCAGGACCCUUUUUGCAUGGCAAAUGGCUUCUCCUCGCUCACACCCCAGAGACUGGUUCUGGAAUGUCUGUGCAAACUGAGCAUCCAAGACUCUAACGUAGACCUUCUUCUGGCCACACCUCCUUUUAGCAGACAAGAGCGCCUUUUUGCCACAUUAGUGCAGCAUGUGGGUGAACGAAAGAGUCAGGUGUGCCGUGAAAUGGCUGUAGCCGUCCUCUCCAAUCUUGCACAGGGUGACUCUACAGCCGCCCGAGCCGUUGCCCUGCAGAAGGGCAGUGUGGGAGCCUUGAUAAGCUUCCUGGAGGACAGUGUAGCUAUGGCACAGUAUCAGCAGAGCCCUCACAGUCUCUUGCACAUGGGACACCCCAACCAUUAUGAGCCGCCCAGCAUCAACAUGAUGUGUCGGGCUGCCAAAGCCCUGCUGGCCAUGGCCCAGGUGGAGGAAAACAGGCCUGAGUUUGUGCUCUACGAGAGCAGGCUGCUCGAUAUUUCAUUGUCCUCCGUGCUGAACUCUGGUGUGGCGGCCAUUUUGUGUGAGGUACUGUUUAAGCUUGGCCGCUCGUGACACGCACAAUGGAAUCUGGAGUGCCAUCAGGAGGAGCUGAGCCACAGAGAUCACGCAGAAUUGAUGGUAUUAUAUUUUUAUUUAAGACAAAGAACGCAAACAAAAAAUGUUUUACAUACAAAAGAAUAUAGAGAAUAUAUAUAGCUCCUCUGCCCCAUUUCCCAGUUUUCAUUUUUUAAAUGAUUUUAAUACAGAUAUUUAAUACUUGAUAUUUUCAUUUUUUUCAUUUUUUUUUUUCAUCUGUGUAUUUUCUUUUAUUUGUUUUAACCAAAGUUGGUAUCUGAUACAGUAAGGUUUUAGAGUAUUUUGCUCUCAUGAUGUUUUCUAAUUGUUUUGAUGCAGUGUUCGUUUUUGUUUUUUGUGGGACUUUAUUUGGGGAAUGCAGAUUUAUUUAAAUUGUGAGACAUGUUGUAGAUAGAGUUUCUCUUGCAAUGUGUUGCGAUAAAAGAAAAAAGAAAAAGAAAAAAAAAACACUGAUUUUAAGACAUACAUGUAUACAGCUCUGAAAAAAGCAUUGUGCAAUAGUUUUAGCUGGCUCAGAAGGGAAAUGAUAAAUGUGAAUGACCACAAGCGAUGUUUAGAUCUGACUACCAGUGUUGCACUGUUUAACCACAUCAGUAUCUGAGGGUCAAGUGAAUGUUGGUUCUAAACUGACUUGCUUCCAUAUUAGCGCAGCCACAAAGAGUUGUCUCUCUGACAGUGAACUUAAAGUGCUUCGGUUACCCCUCCUCUCUAUUCUAUACCCACGGGUCAAUUUGUAUAUAGGAACUGUAUAUUAUAUGGGCCCAUUUUCAAGUUUUCUUUUUUUUUCUCCAAGAGAUGUGGUAUUAUACAAAGUGAGUAGUUAAUGCUACAUGCUAUUGACAUUUUGCAAAUGAAUAUUAUGUCAUUAUAGGUGAGGGUAGUCUUCUAAUGUGUAAGGGGUAGUUCAUAUAGGACGCAUUCUUGCAUUAAGUCUGUGUUAUUUUUUUAAUUACAUUACAUUUCUGACUGAAAUCUUUAGCCGUAUCUCAUGUAUGGGAGUAAAUAUAUGUGUAUGAAUGCAUUUUCUGUUCAGUUCAGUUGUGCUCCGUCUACCUGUUUUUAAAGAACACAUCUUCUUUUCAGUUCAGUUGUGCUCCAUCUGUUUUUAACGUAAUAACGCGUCCUAUAUGAAUGCCCCCCCCCCCCCCCCCCCCAGGACUUUUCUAUGUGUCCUAUAAUGGAGUUCUGUGUGACAGAGAUAGCAAUGGCUCCCUCUAGUGGCCUUAGAUUUCAGAAAUUACAUUCUAACUGAAAAACGGUCUGAUGGCAUAAAUGUAAUUCAAUGUGAAAAUGAAAGUUACCCUAAAAUGACAAUGAUUUUAAUGAAAAAUAUAACUCUUUAUGUAAGCUCUUUUAGCUCCAUAUGAUUUGAUGACCAUUGUUUAUUCAGUGUAAAGUCUUUAUACAUGUUCCACAUGUUAAAAGUAAAUGUACAUGAAAUUUGGUCAAACACUGUGAACGUUGUUCUUGAGUGUUGUGUCUUUAUUUUUGAGCAUCAGAACAUUCAAAAUUAAAUCUGAACUUGCCCAAAAAGGUUAUGCACUACAUACUUAAAACAGAUAGUGCACCCAUAAAUGAAAAUUCUGUCCUGUUGUUCUAAACCUAUAUGUUGUUCUUUCUUCAGUGGAACUCAAGAGAUGUUAGGCAGAAUGUUAAAGACUGAAAUUCAUAAAAGUUUAUCCUCUUGUGUUCCAUGUAAGAAAGACAUACAGUUUUGUUCUCCUUGGUAAAUAGUGACAGAAUUCACAUUUCUGGGUCAACUAUCCCUUUAAAGGGUUCACCUAAAAAUGAAAAUUCUCACAUAAUUUACUCACCCUCAUGCCAUCUAAGAGGCAUAUUACUUUCUUCUGCUGAACACAAACGAAGAUUUUUAGAAGAAUAUCUCAGCUCUGUAGGUACAUAUAAUGCAAGUGAAUGG